GAGAGCGUGGGAGGGCUGCCUGGGUGACGUCAUCGAUUACCUCACCUGGAUGUGAGAUUGGUAUCAGUGUGAGACCAGGUGUAUGGGUGGUUGACUCGCCCCCCGGCUACACGCUAAACAGCCAACCCCAGAACCCGCCGCGUCUUCCGCCCAGUCCGGUACAACCACACGCCAGACGGCAACGAACAAAGGACCACCGCCAGGUUUUGUGUUCAACAGCAGGCCGUAACAUCACGCUGACGUCUCUCAACAUGGCAGGCGCUUGUUUAGCGGAAUUGUGUCUGAUUCUGUGCUGUUUUAUCGGUGGAAACUUAGCGAUCCCCUCCUUCACCAGUGAACCCGGAAACGUGACUGCAGAAGUUGGCGGAACGGCGCUGCUAGAAUGGCAGAUGGACGACGAUGGAGCUUCCCAGAUAUUUGAGAUCUGGAGAAAGCUGCCCAGUGCCGGACUCAUCCAACGAGCCGGCGGGGGAGAUGCCUCACCAUUUCCUGGCUAUGAAGGAAAAUUUGAGAUCGAAGGGAUUGCUACCCUGAAGAUUCUGAAUGUGAACAAAGAAGACGCAGGGCAAUACGAGUUCCAGCCCAGCUAUGAUGAUGGAACUGUCUUGGAUUCAAUCGCAACCCUCGUAGUCACCUACCAGCCCACUAUAACCGGUGUGACAGCCUCCUCUUACGCUGUCAAUGAAGGCGAUGACCUGACGCUGACCUGCGCCGCUGACGGGAUCCCCGCCCCAACGUUCACCUGGUCGAAAAGCGACGGAAGCUCUCUCGACGCAGCCGUGGCAGACGCGGCCGUGGGAACUCUCACCUUCAGCAACAUUUCACGGGUUUCCACGGGAACUUACACGUGUUCUGCAGAUAACGGAGUUGGGAUGGCACAAACGCAAGACAUCGCUGUUUCUGUUUCAUACCCCACAACCGCUGCCCCAACCACACCAACACCAAAUGUCACUAUGAAAAUGACUGAUGCCCCCACCCCAGCGCCAAGUGCCGCACCUGAGCCGACAGGAGACAUGAAGACUGAUGGGAAGGAUGACGGAAAAGGUAGAGGUGCAAAACCACAAAAAGGUGGACUAGGCACCGGUGCUAUCGUCGGUAUCGUGAUCGGACUCCUUGCAUUGUUCAUCACCAUCGCGGUGGGCGCCUACUGUGCCUCCAAGAGAUUCGGCCCCCAGCAGGAGAAGAAACCAGAUGUCGUGACCUUCACCAAGGCUGAGGAGAACGAAGCGGAACCGCUGAAGAACAAGGACCCUGAAAACCCGCCCGAGAAAACGGAAGAUAAGGAUACCUCCAUCAUAAAGAACGGAGAGAUGGAGGAUGUGCCUUUGAAGAAUGCAGAAGAAGCUUAACAGGUAGCUGAUGAGUUGUUGCCAUCAUGAACAGUCUGGGAACUUGCUGCUAGGAGAACAGAACAGAACAGAACAGAGUAGCCUUCUCGCAUACAGGGUUAUUUCCAGACACUAGUGGAUCUGGACACUGAAUUUUACAUCUGCUUAUGUGGUUAGUUCACCUUUAUUCGAGGGGUAACCUAUAUCCGAACGGUUGUUUUUAAGAACAGGGUGAUGCCAAAUACAACGGCCAGUGGUUUCAGUACUUUAAAUGCAGAAACUUUGCGGUUUUCGUGGUGGCCGCUUCACCACAAACUAAAACCACCGUGAAAAAAUUGCAAUUUGGAACCAUGCUUUUUAAAAUGGAUAUGUUACCCCGUGGAUAAAGGUGAACUAGAUUUACGUACACUUUUAGCAUUUUUAAUUGUGAAGUUGAGCAUUUAGAUACUCUAGAAGAGGCAACUUUUUUGUUUUAGGUAAGGAUUUGUGUCACAAGAAGUGAAUCAAUUUUGUAGACAAUGAACUUAUUUUGUGAUCAUGUGAAGUACAUUAUUUGUAAUCUUGAUGGACUAACACUAGAGAGUAGUAGCAUAUGAACUUAGCUACUGGUGGUGCCUUGGUGAAAGAUUAUCUUUUUAUACAACCCAAAGUUGGCAGGCACUUUACUUCUGGUUGUUUAAAAAGGUUCUAAUAUCAGUUGAUCUAACAACAACUAUCAUAAUUUCACUGGGUGCCAUAACACUGCCACAUCUAUAAUACAUUGUUAUUGGGGCCUUUUCAAGAUUGUCUUGAACACUUAUAAAUAUCUGAAGUGCAUGUACCUCAGAAUUACUGAUGCUGCAUUGGAACAUCAUGUAUUUUUUCUCAUAUGGCGGUAUUAUGGCAUACGGUGGUAUUAAGUUCUAACCUAACACAAACCUAAUGUGACUAUUCACAAAUGCCUUCUUGACUCAACACUACAUUGAAAUAUCUAAUUUUUAUAAAGUCAGUUUGGACAAGAAAGUAAAUGAUAUUGGUUUGGCUAUCGCAAACCAGUAUUUUUCAGAUGGUAUUACGAGAGUUCAUAUUACUUAACCAAAUGUGACUAUUCACUAAUGCCUUCAUGACUCGAUGUGUAUUGAAGUAUGUAAUUUUACAAUGUCAGUUUGGAAAAAAAAUGAAUGUAAAUGAUAUUGGGUUUUGCUAUUGCAAACCAGUAUUUUGCAGUGUAGAGAAGACUGAUAUGUAUGACUACAAAGUUUCUUGGUGAAAAGACUUUCAAAUGGCAUACGCCAAUUUCAUCAGCACAGAAUAGGAUCAUCAGUUUAUGGAGGGUGUAAAAGGGUUUGCUAAGUUAUCUAGGUGUUGGUGUAGUUGUAUACAUGUACGAGUAUUAUCUUUCAAAGGAGCUGUCUUAAUCUACAAGUACUUUUGCCACUACUGUUUUUGGAAUUGCAUAGCUACAAACGAUUUGAUGUUAAAUAGAUCAUUCCAUGAUAGAAAGCUUUUGUAACAUGUUUUGGGGUGUAUUGUUGAUGCUAUUAUUAGUUACUAAUACAUAUUGCCUACAUGUAAUUGUAAGAUGUACAUGUAAAUGUGGAAAGUUUUAUAACUUCACAGACACUGUUCUUGUACUUAUUUUGUAGCUAGUGUAAGUCCUCGCAUUUCGUAUGUUGCUUUUGCCAUGUUGUUGCCUCGUGACGUUCUUUGUCUCGCCAAUCUUGCCAGAAAGGUAAAAAUACAAUUAAAAACCCA